AUGCUUAAUUUUCCAGUCUCCUAUAAUAAAGUAGACAUGGUUUGGAUAGUGGGAGGCAGUUCUGUCUGCAAGGAAUCCAUAAACAAGCCAGGCCAUCUUAGACUAUUUGUGACAAGGAUCAUGCAAGAAUUUGAAAGUGAUACAUUUUUUCCAGAAAUUGAUUCGGAAAAGUAUAAACUUCUCCCAGAAUAUCCAGGUGUUCCUUCUGAUGUCCAGGAGGAAAAAGGCAUUAAGUACAAAUUUGAAGUAUAUGAAAAGAACAAUUAAUGUGAAAAUGUUUUCCGAUCUAUUUUAAGCCU